AUGUCGGCCCUCAGGCGCUCGGGCUAUGGCCCCAGUGAUGGCUCGUCUUACGGCCGCUACUACGGGCCUGGGGGUGGAGACGUGCCCGUGCACCCACCUCCGCCCUUAUAUCCUCCUCGUCCCGAACCUCCCCAGCCUCCCAUCUCCUGGCGGGUGCGCGGGGGCGGCCCGGCGGAGACCACCUGGCCGGGAGAAGGCGGAGGAGGCGAUGGCUACUAUCCCUCCGGAGGCACCUGGACGGAGCCAGGUCGAGCUGGGGGAAGCCACCAGGAGCAGCCACCAUAUCCUAGCUACAAUUCCAACUACUGGAACUCUGCCCGACCUAGGGCACCUUACCCAACAAAUACAUAUCCUGUAAGACCAGAAAUGCAAGGCCAGAGUUUGAACUCUUAUACAAAUGGAGCAUAUGGCCCACCGUACCCCACUGGCCCUGGGGCAAAUACUGCCUCAUACUCUGGGGCUUAUUACACACCUGGAUAUUCUCAGAACAAUUACUCCACAGAGGUUCCAAGCACUUACCGUUCACCUGGCAACAGCCCAACCCCAGUCUCUGGCUGGAUGUAUCCCCAGCAGGACUGCCAGGCUGAAGCUCCUCCUCUUAGGACGCAGGUUCCAGGGUAUCCUGCACCACAGAACCCUGGAAUGACCCUGCCCCAUUAUCCUUAUGGUGAUGAUAAUCGUAGUGUUCCACAGCCAGGACCAUCUGUUCGACCACAAGAAGACUCGUGGGCUUCUCCUGAUGCUUAUGGAAUGGGAACCCGUUACCCCUGGCCUGCAGCUGCGCCCUCAGCACCACCUGGGAAUCUUUACAUGAGUGAAAGUACUUCACCAUGGCCUAGUGGUGGCUCUCCUCAGCCACCUCCAUCAUCACCCCCCCAUCAGCCGAAGGAUUCCUCAUACCCCUAUAGCCAAUCAGAUCAAGGCAUGAACCGGCACAACUUUCCUUGCAGUGUCCAUCAGUAUGAGUCCUCGGGAACAGUGAGCAGUGAUAAUUCAGAUCAUUUGGAUUCCCAAGUCCAGUAUAGUGCUGAGCCUCAGCUGUAUGGUAACACCACCAGUGAACAUCCCAGCAAUCAAGAGCAAAGUAAUAAUCUUCCUGAAGAGUGUUUGCCUUCAGAUGAAGGUACUCCCCCAAGUAUUAAGAAAAUCAUACAAGUGAUGGAGAAGGUCCAAUAUCUUGACCAAGAAGUAGAAGAGUUCAUAGGAAAAAAGACAGACAAAGCAUAUUGGCUUCUGGAAGAGAUGCUAACCAAGGAACUUUUGGAACUGGAUUCAGUUGAAACUGGGGGCCAGGACUCUGUCCGACAGGCCAGGAAAGAGGCUGUUUGUAAAAUUCAGGCCAUACUGGAAAAAUUGGAAAAAAAAGGAUUAUGA